AAGAAUCACAGGUACAACGAACUCUCCUGAUAUUUUCUUCGACUAAGCAACGUAAUGAUGACACUGUAUCAUAAUCCAAUGGCAAUGGAAGGUAAUCUAAUAUGCCAAGUAGUCUCAAGGUCGCACACUGUAUGGAGCGCUCGUCCUUGGAAAGAUUGUUUUUCUGAACAAUCAGUUCACCAAACAUAAUAUGAAGAAAACUAAUUUUAGAACGUUUUACAGUGUUCGUUCAUGGAAAACUGGUGCCGUCUAACCUUAGUAUAAGGUGAGCUAAUAUUAACUCAAACUGCAGCCUCAAGGUCACGUCGUGAAUUCGAACCUGGGGUACGUGAUUAACGUGAGGGGGAAAGACAAAAUGGAGACUUCUAUGGGCUAAGAGACUAGCCGUACGAAGACAUUUAGCUAUCUCCAACGUUUCUUUACAUAUCUAUGCGAACAAAAUGGGAAAAUACAAGCGAACUUAAACUCAAUAGAUGACAUAGCAUAUCAAUGUUUCGUUUUCUACCCACAAUGUAUAUAAUGGAAUUUUUCGCUUUAAUGAGUCCUUGCAAAUUUUUCCUAACUUAAAACCUACAUUUACGUCGAUUAUUUGACGUCUGAUAAAGUCUUUAUCAGAUAAAACGACUUUUAGAAGGUGUAGAAUUCUCCCCCUGGUUUAUGAUAAUCAAGUGUUUCAUGCGCGAAAGAUGCCUAAUUACAAAAGUUUGAUGACAUUAGGAACGUUUUCCAUUAAUGCAUAUCUACUCCUGUAUGUUUCAUUUGUUUCAACGCAGCGCGUAUGAGUGCUAACAUUAAAGUAGGUGUGAAGAUGGAUUUAUUCGUCAGGCGAAUAGUGGUAGCACCAUUUGAGUAUAAAACUGCUUUAGGUGACUUAACAGGUGUUUCAGCAGUAUCAUUAUUUUCUAGGGAUAUGUUCCGAAAUAAUACUGGAUAUAAAUCCGUCACUCGGAAAUAUGAGGAAAAUAGUAAAGUAGGGCGGGAAGCGUUUUUAUAGGAACGUAAAAAAAGUAGUGCAUGUAACUCCACAACAUUUGACUUCUGGAAACUUUAUGUAGUCAAAGAAAUUUUCGGGUGCCACCACAGACCCAAAGUUAUUUUCAUGGAUUCUUGCAGUGGUAUCUGCACCCUGUUUCUUGUGCUCUUCAGCGACAAUGAUAACCUAAUCUUCUUAGGUACUUGUAAGUUCUGUCAUCAGCGUAGAUCAGCAUCCCUGGUUGGACAUACUACCUGAUAGUAAGUAUCGAAUUUGGUGCCUAACUUAACCCUCUUCACAACUUCAAACGACAUUUAAGUUCAGUAUAAUGUUAGAACAUCUUUCGGCGAUAAUAAUACUAUUGUACUGCCGAAACAUCCGUUACUUCAUUUAAACCAGCUAUAUGCUUGAAUUGUGCUUUCAUUAUCCGCUUGACAACGGUCAGCACUGUUUGCGUCAAUGUUCAUCUCGAACAAUUAACGGAAGUACACAUUUGUACUGCUUUGUGUCGUUCGCAUUUAUAACACCGAAAGGCUAGACCACCUCAGUAGUCGCCAUAUUAUCUAGAAGUCCUUUCCCUGCAAUAACUGAAAAUGUAUUACGAGGUUUUCGUUGUCAUCACAGUCAAACUAUCGUAAGCAUACAUCUUUGGUUCAGAUGUGCUCCGUCGUCAAGAUAUUCCCGAACGUAUUAAACGACUUGUUUAUAUAAACAUUACACUAUAUAUAACUGCAUAUGAAGUUCUGUUCCCAUUAACAUAUUAUCUCGUAAGUCACAUUACACUCUCUUCUAAAAAAUACAAAUAAUUUAAGGAACAUUUAUUCAAAUAGACGAUUAGAUAUCUGGAUUAUUUCGAAAUUAAUCACGUGCCAAGUAGGUUAAUAAGUUGUAAAUAUCACUUAGAUAAAAGUAAAAAUGAAGGUAGUUUAGUGAAAUAAUGGGGACUACUUUUUAACAUUGUCUAUUAUACUCAAAAUAUAUUGUUACUUCUAAUAGUCUGAUGAUGUCUGUUCAGGGUUUUUAAAUAUCUGGAUGAUAGAAUGCUAGGGGUUAUGCAUUUCCGAUGGUUGCUUCGACAUAAUGAUUUUACUAGCGGGUUGAUAAACGAUUAUGAUUUUGCAAAAGUUAAUCUAUAGUUGUCUAGGGAACUUACAGUUUGUUCUUGUAGUUUAAUUUUCUAUGUGGAUGUCUAUCUGUAUUCCAACUGUAGUAUUACUUCAUUCUUUGAUCUUCUCGAACCAUGUUUCUCUAUUUCUAUUUGAACCAAAAUUAUUUUUAAUAAUGUUUGAUCUGCUUAUUGUAGAUUGUUGUUCGUUUUGUUAAUAACAUUUGUGAUAGUUGUGAUCACAAGAUCACUUACCUUUAUGACUGAUCGCAUAAUAAUCAAUUACACAUUCUGAUUAUUUGUAAAGAUUUGUAUACUCCUGUGGUUGAUUUUAAAAAUUGCAAUUAUUCAUAUGCAUUGAUCAAGUUAGUGGUUAUUUGUACUCAGUAACUCAGUGAAUAAUAAAUUGACGUUUAAAGCGAUAGAUCCUAUUGUGAACAUUAACUCGGUUAAAGGUACUUCACCAAUUAACCAGUCCUAUGUAAUAGGAGUCACUCAUUUAGUAUUUCACUGUUAGCUACAAUUCAAAUAACUUUAAGCAUAUUUUGUUAGGCUUAACUGUUACUUUAAUAGAUAUUAUUUUCAUUAGUCUUGCAUUAUCUCAGUAUAAGUUUUAUUACUUGAUUUGGUGACGUAUGACGUAACAGUUUAAGCCAAAGCAUAUUCGUCCAAGAUUUUCACAUUAUCUACGAGUGAUUGAUUUCUGAUAUUUAUUCAAAUUUGUACAGAUUGAGUGAAAACUUUUUGAAUUAUUUAAACAUUGAUCUACUAUUCUAUAUUCCAGUGUUUUAUCGUAAUUUAGUUGAUUUUCUUUCCGAUAAGGUUCCUCAUAUAACUUGUUGGAUGAUUUAACUGUAAAUAUGUCGAACUCUAUGCUGACAUUAGAUCCAAACUGUACAGUAUUUCUCAUGUGUGAUGUACAAAAAAGCUUAUUAAACGCUGUUAUCGACUCGGAUAAUGUUCAUUUGCGUAUAUCUCACAUUUUACAAUUAGGCAAAGCAUUGGGUAUCCCAUUAUUAGUUACUGAACAGUAUUCUAAAGGUCUAGGUAAGACGUCAGAUUCUCUCGAUAUAUCACAUGCAUUAUGUGUGGUUGAUAAAACUUCUUUUUCUAUGUAUCACGGAUUAAUCGCUGAGAAACUAGCUGAGUUUCGUGAUCGUUUCAUUGUUUUAUUUGGACUUGAGGCACAUAUAUGCAUUCUUCAAACUGCUCUGCACUUAUUGUCUGAAAAUUAUAAGGUUGUUAUCGUAGCCGAUGCAUGUAGUUCUCGAAGUGCUGUUGAUAUGAGAAUUGCUCUACAACGUUUAAAUUCUACUGGUAUAAUACUAUCAACAACUGAAUCAUUGUUAUUUGAACUAAUUAAAACAAAAGAUUCACCAUAUUUCAAUUUAGUUAAAAGUAUAGUACGCACACAUUUACCAGAUCAUCCUGCAUUGAUCAACUAUUGAAUUCAUUAAGAUCCAUAUCCGUUCUCUUCUUCUUCUUCUUCUUCUUCUUCUUCUUCUUCUUCUUCGAAAGAUUCAUUUUUUUAAAAUCCAAAUUCUGUAUGAUUUUAUAUUUGAAAUUAGAAUACAACAUAUUUUCCAUGAAUUAUUUGUUGAUAUAUUUAUACUCUGUGAAGAAUUACUACCUGGUUGGGAUUCACAAGACGAUAGCAACCGAUGGUCAUAGACCUUGAAUGAUAUGGCUCAAAAUCGUUUGCAAUAAUGCAGGUGCACCCACUCUUUGUAUUUUCCCGAAUUCUAAUCUUUUGUAUUCUUUUACUUUUACUACCUCUAUCACUAUGGGAUUUGAAUAGACAAUGGUAUCUCUGUGUUAAUGUGGUAUGGCAACUCGAACUGAUGUAUGUACAUACAAAGUUCUACGUUGUUGCUGACUGACUAUUGUGGUUUAUGCUACUGAUGUCAACAGAUAUAUGUAGUAUGUAUCGAAUGUAAAAUGCCUAGUAGCAGGAAGUUAAAAAGAUCAAAGAAAAGAGAACAGAAACAAAGCAUGACUGUUGUGGAAACGAAAGAACAAUGAAUUCUGAGACGAUUGAUUAACAUUUUGCAAAUGAAGUAUUUACUGUAUGGUUCUCAGAUUUGACUAAGAUGUUCUAUAAUUUUGUGUUCAAAUACAUUCGAUUGUCCUCAUUUGUGUUCUUCUUUAUUACACUAUCACUUAUCUAGAAUUUCUAAUAAGUAUAACUCUGAAAGAUAAGUCAUGUUGAAUUAAACAAUUAAAAAUGUUCAUACUGAAUAGUUCACUGGAUAGUUUAUAACAUAUGUGAGUUCGAUCUAUUAAGGUUAUCAUAAAAGUGUAUAUUAGUUCUGGAAAUGUUUUCAGGUCCUAAUGAGUGAUUGAUUAGUAUUGAUUCACACCACCUUAAAGUAUGAGUAUCCUACAUGUCUAUUAAACCUUUUAUACCGAUGUUUUGUGUUGAUCUGAGACUGCUCCAAGUGUAACUCUAUCAUUCAGUAUCAAAAAGUGAGUAUAUAAUUUUGCUUUUCUGCUAUGCUUGUUAAAGAUGCUAGAUCACCAUAAAUCUCUUGGUAAACAUCUUGUUUUUAUAAUUUUGGAGGUUUGAAUUUCUCAUUUUCGUGCCAAAAGGACAAUAAAUGUCAUUUGGUUCGUUGCCUCUUUUAAUACGCUAUUUUGUGACGUUUUCCAAGGACCUCUUUAUACUAUGUAUAUACGCUUAAGUUGUGUGCUUGUUUUGUUCAUACUUCUGGCUGCUUGUGGAAUAUACUUUUUUCUCUUCCGAAUCCGGUUUUCUCCCUCUAGUUACCACGGCUAGGGUACAUAGGAAUAAUUUGGCUUAUCUUGUUAUUAUGAUGCAGACCUUCGUUCCUUCGCCGUUUUUUAGGUGAUAUCACAGUCUCUUCAAACAUAGCAACGUCUGUUUUUUGUUUUGCGCUUUACCUACUUAACUGUACUCGAGUCCCACAAAAAACUAUCAAUAAUGUGGACAAUGUAUAAUCAAAUUUCUUUAGGAUUUCUUUAUCUUAUGCUCCUUAAGCGUUCGUACACAGUGAUAUUUAGUAAUAUAUUAACUAGACCUUCGGUGUUGAUUAUGGGACUUUGUCAGUAACAAAUCCAAGCAUACGUUAAUAUAUCUCACAUAAGUAAAGUACACACUAGAUUGAUUUCUCUCAAUGUGUUUUGAAAAUAGAUGUUAGUGCGAGCUAGUCUUUGAAAAGGGAUGUCUCAAGUGUGAAAUAUCAGUCGAAAAUCGUUAAGUGUUUGUGCACAUUCUUGAGGAAACUAUAUGUCACCAAUUUCAUCCAUAUCAUUCAAACCAUUUUGGUUUAGUGAGUCAAUCAAUAUAGGAGAGUCUACCAACUUAGAAGCAUAUUUCUAGUAAUGUAGACUAGAAAUGUGAACACUCAUGAUUAAGAUUGUUUAUUGUCAACUUGUCGAAUAUAUAUUCCUUCAAUGAAUCAUGAGCUAGUCAGUGUUAGACCUCUACUGAGAACGCAGUAAAUUGCUGUUUCAGUUUAUUUCAUUCCUAACGAAAAUGUUUACUCGUUUCUCAACCGAAAGUCAUCUAUUUGAAUCUCUCUUCAUCUACAUCAGAUUAAGGAGCCGAAUAGUAUCAAUUACUGUCACAGAAACAGUGUCUUAAAGCUUAGCAUGUCUAAAUCUGUACUUGAUAGACAAAUUAUGCAGAAUUGUAGCCA